AUGAGACCUAUAGGAUCAGCUACUGAAGAAGUCUAUGAUAUGAAGGUGGCAGACCUACUUAUUCCUAGUACUAAAGAAUGGGAUGUGCACAAGAUUAGAGAGACCUUACCAACCUUUGAAAAAGAGAUCCUCUGUAUCAAACUGAGUUUGACUGAUGUUGCAGACAAACACAUAUGGAUUCCUCAAGCAUCAGGCGACUAUACCACAAGAACAGGGUAUCACAUUACAUACUCAGAGAAUCCAAGGCAGAUAGCCACUGCAAAUGCAAAUAGAGAAUUCAAUUGGAAAUCAGAAAUAUGGGAAGGUCAGCUCUCUGAGAAGCUAAAACUGUUCUUGUGGAAGGUUAUGCAGAAAGCCCUAACUGUUUGA